CACAUACACGUCGGGCCCUAGAAAAAACGAAUUCACUCCUCAUCGGUCUCUUCUUCUUCUCCUUCUUGAUCUGCACCCCAUUCACAGCCGUCCGCAGCUUUGGAAGGCCGAAAACGCCGACUGAGAGGGACGGAAUCAUAUCGAGCAGGAAGCCAUGACUGAUUACGAAGGAGGAAGGUAUGAGGGGAACGGCGAAGAUCUCGACAGCUACCGUGGCGGCUCUUCUCCGGCUCCUCGGAGCAACAGCCACGGCGGCCACGAUGAGAACAGCGACUCCAAAUCGCAGCGUUCUCAUGAUCAUGAUAGAGACAGUUUAAAAGGAAGCGAAAAGGCAAGGGAUAGGAGUCGUGAUAAGGAGAGGGAGCGAGACCGAGACCGUGACCGGGAAAAGGAUAGGGAUAGAGGGAGAAAUCGUGACAAGGAGAAAAGUAGAGAUAGGGAAAGGGACAGGGAUCGUGAUCGGGAUAAGGAACGUGACCGCCACCAUAGGGAUCGGGACCGAGACAGAGACCGCCAUAGAGAUCGCAGUGAAAGAAGGGAACGAGGAAGAGACAGAGAUGAUGAUGAUUAUCACCGAACCCGGGACUAUGACAGGAACAUAGAUUAUGAUAGAGACCGGGAGGAGAGGCACAGGCGACGUUCUAGAUCUCCCUCUUCAAGAUCUGAGCGCAGAUCAAGGUCAAGGUCUCGUUCUCGUUCUCGCUCAAAGAGAUGGUUGUAUUGUUUAUUACUGCUAACAUCAUCUACUUGCAGCAAAAGGAUAAGUGGUUUUGAUAUGGCGCCUCCUCCUUCUGCAAUGCUUGCCACUGCUGUUUCUGGUCCUGUUCCUGGGCCAAGUCCGACCAUUCCAGGGAUGUUUCCUAACAUGCUUCCAUUCGGAACUCAGCAAUUUGGCACUCUUCCUGUUAUGCCUGUCCAAGCAAUGACUCAGCAGGCUACAAGGCAUGCUAGGCGAGUAUAUGUGGGGGGCCUUCCUCCAACAGCCAAUGAACAGUCCGUUGCAACUUUUUUCAGCCAGGUUAUGGCAGCUAUAGGAGGAAACACUGCUGGUCCAGGGGAUGCUGUUGUUAAUGUUUACAUAAACCACGAAAAGAAGUUUGCUUUUGUGGAGAUGAGAUCAGUAGAGGAGGCAAGUAAUGCAAUGGCAUUAGACGGCAUUAUAUUUGAGGGAGCACCAGUAAAGGUUCGGAGGCCUAGUGAUUACAACCCUUCGCUUGCUGCGACUCUUGGUCCCAGCCAGCCAAAUCCAAACCUAAAUCUCGCUGCUGUUGGAUUGACACCUGGCUCCGCCGGUGGGCUGGAGGGUCCAGACCGCAUUUUUGUAGGAGGGCUGCCAUAUUAUUUCACAGAAGCCCAGGUUAGGGAGCUGCUGGAGUCAUUUGGACCACUUAGGGGCUUUGAUCUUGUGAAGGAUCGGGAAACAGGAAAUUCAAAAGGCUAUGCCUUUUGUGUCUACCAAGACCUCUCGGUUACAGACAUAGCUUGUGCAGCUCUCAAUGGAAUAAAAAUGGGUGACAAGACUCUUACUGUCAGGAGAGCAAACCAAGGCGCUAACCAGCCUAAACCUGAACAAGAGAGUGUUCUACUGCAUGCCCAACAGCAAAUAGCAUUGCAGAAACUUAUGUAUCAACCCGGUGCUCUGGCUACGAAGGUUGUCUGUCUCACACAAGUAGUUUCUGCGGAUGAGCUUAACGAUGAUGCGGAGUAUGAAGACAUUAUGGAAGAUAUGAGGCAGGAAGGAGGAAAAUUUGCCAUUUCUUCAUCUAUAUGCUGCAUAAAGAAUCAGGCUCUACCAUUGAGAUUCCUUAUCUUUAUUUCUUGUUCAUUUAUUAUAUUUUUUUCUGAUCACAAAUUUUGCAGGGAUGCUGGUAAAUGUGGUGAUACCCCGUCCGAGAACUGAUGGACAACCUACACCCGGUGUAGGAAAGGUGUUCUUGGAGUACGCAGAUAUGGAAGGUUCUGCCAAAGCAAGGACGGGAUUGAAUGGAAGGAAGUUUGGUGGGAAUAUCGUGACGGCGGUCUUCUUCCCAGAAAAUAAGUUUGCGCAAGGCGACUACGACGGAUAAAAAGGAUAAUGCCGUAUUGUCUCUGGACUUGUGUCGUAUUUUCUUAGUUAAAUAUAGUUUGCCUCUCAGAAGAGAUUCGUAAUUUGUAGUUUGGAAGGUGUCUGGUUAGGGAGUCUGUGUGAUAUAAGAUUGUGGGUAUGGUUUUUUUCCAGAUGUAUUAGCUUGCAGUUCGAACUCUGGUCGUUUUCUAGGACUGCUGGUAUUGUAAUGUUUGCUUUUGACAUAAAACCAUGCUGAGGGAAUAAUGAUCGUCACUAUGGUUGCUCUA